AUUUGUCUACAAACAGGUUCAUGUGCAGAUGACGCGAUACGAAGCUUCUCCGCAUCGGUGGCCAACAGUACUAUGAAAAAAUACAAUGGGCAGAAAUCCCAGUGUAAUGAGACACUCGACGGUGCAGGGGCUACAUACAAGCUAAGUUUAAUGCAAGGAAGACGUGAAGACUGCAAUACUUUCAUUCAGAAUGGCUCACCAGGGAAAAUAUAUAUUUAUAUGAAUUAUUUUGGAGAGCUAAACAAUGGCUACCCGUCACAAGUUCAGGCUGACACGAAGACAGGGAAGAAUAAGCAAAACUCGGCUAAUUUGGAAUACACCUAUACACUGGAUGUGAGCACAGGCAUACUCACUGAGACCUCAGCCCCUAUUGCACAGUCAGAAGAUCUCUACGGCACGAAAACUGUAAAUAAGGACACAAACACUGUUAAUACGGAUAACUCCUACAUACUGAAUGCGAUCAGAGGAACCAUUGCCCCACCUGCACAGUCAGAUGGUCUUGAUGACACGGAGACAGGAAAUGAGGACACAGACGCAACUGAUGUGGAAAUUUCUUACCAUGAAUUGGAUAUGGAGUUAACACUGAAAGACAACACAGCCCAAGAGUCAGGUGGUUCUAAUGACACGGAGACAGGAAAUGAGGACACAGACACUGCUGACUCCUAUCCACUGGAUUCACAAGUUGAAAUAGGCAAUGACACCGAAUUAUUUUUUCUGCCGGCAGGAGAUCUGAAUGACACAGAUACGGGAAAUGACACUAACAGUGAGGAUUACACCUACGCACUGGGUGCCAAUCCAGGAAUACCCGCAGCCGCCACAGCCCCCGCUGCACAGACAGAUGGUCUUGAUGACACGGAGACAGGAAAUGAGGACACAGACGCAGCUGAUGUGGAAAUGUCUUACCAUGAAUUGGAUAUGGAGUUAACACUGAAAGACAACACAGCCCCAGAGUCAGAUGAUCUUAAUGACGCGGAGACAGGAAAUGACACAAGCACUGCUGAUUCGGAACUCUCUGAUGAAUUGGAUUUGGUCACAGAGAUACUAAGUGGCGCCGCAGAUCUUAUUGCACAGGCAGGAGAUCUGAAUGACACAGAUACGGGAAAUGACACUAACAGUGAGGAUUACACCUACGCACUGGGUGCCAAUCCAGGAUUAGCCGCAGCCGCCACAGCCCCCGCUGCACAGACAGGUGGUCUGGACGACACAGAUACAGGAGAUGCGGGUACAAGCGAUGAGGAUUACACCUACACGCUGGGUGCCAACCCAGGAAUAGUCACAGCUGCCACAGCCCCUAUUGCACAGUCAGGUGGUCUGGGCAACACAGAUACAGGAAAUGAUGACACAAGCGAUGAGGAUUACACCUAUACAUUGGGUGCGAACCCAGGAAUACUCAAAGCCACCACAGCCCCUAUUGCACAGUCAGGCGGUCUGGGCAACACAGAUACAGGAGAUGCGGACACAAGCGAUGAGGAUUACACCUAUACAUUGGGUGCGAACUCAGGGAUACUUACAGCCGCCACAGCCCCUAUUGCACAGUCAGGUGGUCUGGGCAACACAGGUACAGGAGAUGCGGGCACAAGCAAUGAGGAUUACACCUAUACAUUGGGUGCGAACGCAGGAAUACCGAAAGCCACCACAGCCCCUAUUGCACAGUCAGGUGGUUCUAAUGGCACGGAGACAGGAAAUGAGGACACAGAUAAUGCUGAUUCGGAAGACUCUUAUCCAUCGGAUUCACACGUUGCAAUAAGCAAUGACACCGAUUUCUUUUUUCAACAGUCAGAAGGUCUUGAUGACACGAAUACAGGAAUUAAGCCAAACUCUGCUAAUGUGUCCUCCUCCUAUAUGAACGCAGAUACAACCAGUGGCAGCACAGGGCAUGUUCCACAGUCACACUACAGACGGAAACGGGAACUCAUGCCCUUCCAAGCAGUUAUCUUUGAUAUAAAGCUUGUAGUUGUUUGCAGCCAAAAUUCCGAUGCCUCUGCAAUGAGAGAUUCGAUUAACUGUUUGAUGAGGAAGGGACUGCAGGAUUACUGGACGAAAAUGACCAACUGUUUACUUGACGUUGUGGAAUAAUGUGCCCCAGUGGGAGCAGUGGCCCCAGUUUUAGGCAAAUCUCUGAAGGGAACCUUGCACCACCUCCCCAUUGGUCGCAUGAUGCAGAGCCUGGACAGAGUGAUUGGCGUUUGGCAUAAAGACGAGUUGUUGCGCCCGCCACGACCAUUAUUUGUAGUAACACCUAAAGGGGAAUGUCUGAUUGUAUACAACAUGAAAUAAACUGACUUCAGACAUAAGAAAUAA